CAGCGGCUCUCUCCAGCUUCUCUGAGCUCCUGGCGCUCACAGUCGCACAUGUAAAAGUAACUGCUCCAACUGUUGCCUCGACAGAACGACUUCAGUCACAUGCCGCUGGAGUGUCACAAACUGGAACCUGCGUAAAACAGCAUCUUUUACGUUUGCGCGCAACCCAGAAAUCUUCUCCGGAUAGUUUUUUUUGCACACUGACAGAUUUGGAUUUUACCGUUUUUCACGAUGAUUUUCGCGCACCUGUUCCUGGUGUGGGGAAGCUUCUUGGGUGCUGUGGCGCACCGCGCGGGUAAAGUGGGAUCUGGGGGCGCGCAGGAGAGACGGGGCGCACAUUCCCCGUUGGAUUACUUUUCAGACAACAUGGGGCAGGAGGACACGCUCUCACAACACAUGUUCAAACUGUACGAGAAGAGCAGCAGGGAGAGCCGACUCAGGGAGGGGAACACUGUGAGGAGCUUCAGAGUCACACCAGAGCCCUCUGAUCAAAGGACGGUGUACAGGUUAAACCUCACGACCCUGCAGGACUCUGAGGUCAUCCUCUCGGUUACAUUUCACUUCCUGCUGGAGCGGCGCCCGCCUCAUAAGCCCUGGUUCUGUAAACGCUUCAAGAGCUCUUUAUGUCAUUCUCCAGCCGUCCACUCAGCCAUGUCCGUCAGCCUGCUCCUUCGCUCUGUCUCCUCUGGGUCAGAGGUUGACUCGGGGUCAAUAGGGUCACUCCUAGGCAACGUAACCUUCCACCCCCACAGGAGAGGGGUGUGGCAGAUGAAAGAUCUGACCCAGGUCAUAAAGGAGGCACGGGACAGGGGUCAUCUCCUGCUAUCACUGGAGAUGGACGUGGGGUCGCAGUACCACAGGAGUCCUGCAGAGGUGCUCUCCACAGGCAGUCUGCCUUACUUUUUGAUCUAUGCUGAUGAUCAGGCACUUGAAGAGCCUAACAGUGUUGCUGCAAGUCUUCAGAGAUACGACCCCGCUAUAGAGACCGGGGACCCCUCUCUUUCCUCACAACACAAACCUAACACGGCUCCAGAACGAGUGCGGAGAGCCCUCAUCCAGGACAACGAGCUACCAGGCAUCAACUACAGUCCUGAUGGGUACAGGAAGGAGGACAUGCUGGAAAGUUCUUGGUAUCUUGGUCUAAAACUCAAACCAGGAGAGAAACAGAUGAAAAAGAUAAACCCAAAGGAUAAGGUGAUGAAGCAGAGUAAAGAUGGAGAGUUGUUUAGAGAGGCAGAAAAGUCCUCAGUAAGAUUUCACAAUGAAGAGUCCACAAAACACAGCCCUGGACGAAGGGAUGAGAGGAGGAACAGUGACAAGAAGCACAAAGGCAGUUCAACUCAAGAAUCUCCACUUCUGAGUUUUGAUGAAAAGACAAUGCGUAAAGCUCGGCGGAGGCAAUCUAGUGAGAGCCAGGAAAGGACCUGUUCUAGAAGAAAUCUAAGAGUGGAUUUUGCAGAUAUUGGCUGGAGUGAAUGGGUCAUUGCACCCAAGGCAUUUGAAGCCUACUACUGUGCCGGUACCUGCGGAUUUCCAAUACCUAAGGUUACCAGGCCUUCUAACCAUGCCACCAUACAAAGCAUUGUGCGAGCUGUUGGAAUUAUUCCUGGGAUCCCUGAACCCUGCUGUGUCCCAGAAAAGAUGAGCCCACUGCCUGUGCUGUACCAGGACGAAGCCAACAACCCAGUGCUUAAAGUCUAUCCCAAUAUGUCAGUCCAGUCCUGCUCCUGCAGAUAGGAGUAGGACCAGAACAACUGAAGAGGAAAAAGAGACAGAUCUGAACCUGUGGUUUACAGCGGUUUUGUGAAGUAACUGGGCAUGUUUUUCCUUGAGGAACCAACUAUAGACUCUAGAGAAAUUACUUCCACCUUGUUGUUCUCAUGGCAGCAAACCUGGAGAGACUCAUUGUCUGGGGUCUGUCUCAGCGACAGGACCAGGCUCAGGAAUACAUGUGGCUCAGAGCAGUUGUUUUGAUUCUGGCGAUAUUGGAAAUUGCAUGAACAGCAACAUUUAAGGGCUUUUCCCUUUGAUCUAGUGUUCAAAAACAGCUCACAGUGGGUUCAAACUCAUGUUGUCUUAGGACACAAAAACUAUAAAUGAAAGACUUUAUCAGUGUGUCAUCGGGCAGCUCAGCAGUCAUUCACACAUGACUGCAUAUAUUACAUUGUUACAUACUGUGUACAGCUGUAGUUAAUCUAAAGUUAAUUAUAGGCCGGAUUGUACAUACAUGCCAUUGUAAUGUGCUUGCAAGACUGGGGUUAUUUAAGAGUCUUGUGUUGUGUACGUAAAAAGGAAGUAUUCAUCUGGCUUUCAUUUAUGUGUCCUUAUAAUGUGUUGAAAGCCAAACAGAAAUAUUUUUCUAUUUUAAAUGUGAAACUUGACAUAGUUGUGUCAGGCUUUGUAGGUUCUGUUACAAGUUUUGUGUUACUCUGUGUUAUAUUAGACUAUAUUUUAUAAAUGUGUUUCUUAAAUUAUAAAAGAAUGUGUGUCUUUGCGUUAGAAUAAAAUAAUUUAAUUCCAUACAUUUUUAAGAUUGUUGUUGAGUCAAUAUUUGUGCUAUGUUAACAGUUUGAACCUUUUAAAACACUAAACGUACAAAGGCAGGAAAGUCCCACUCAAAGAUACCCAGCAUUCCUCUGAAGCUCCUUGAAGCCAUUACCACCCCACACCAAAGACUCUUGUCCGGCGAGCGAUGUGGCCGCACCGGAUUAAUGGUGGCACAAGGAAGCAGACUCAUGCGCCAAUUAGACAAGAGCCACUUCAACUUCAAAACACAAUGCACUUCCUCUUUGUCGGUGCCUACGACCCACAGUUAAACAUCUCAAGUGCAGGAUGCUCCCUUCAAUGGCCUUUUAACACGGAUGUUUAGGGAAAGAUCUAAUUCAUGGUUUCAGUCAAGUGGAGGAUGAAAACAAAAUGACAGUGCACCUUUGUAUCAUUAACCUUAGUUAGUUUGGAGUUUUUAGCCUGGAGUCGCAGUCGGGCCCCGUAGCACCACAUCUGUUUGUAACAACGCAUGCUUUGAUGUCUGUACAAAACACUGGACAGUAAAUUUGUCUCAAUGACGAUAGGACUGCUGGAAACCACUUCUUAAAAAAAUGCAGUAAUGUAUAGACAUGCGUGUAUAAUACUGGGCUGUGUGCAGUUGACUGUGUAGCUAUUAGACGGGCUCUAAAAUGUGGUGAUCUGGACUAGAAUCAUGACCCAG